UAUCGAUAUAUUAGUUUCCAUACCAACAACCAUGUUGAUGUUUUGACGCCAUAUUUUUUGCCAUUAAUUACGAUUGCUCAAUGGUGCGAUUUUUUGUGGUAACAAAUAUUCAAAAAUGGCAUUGAAAUUAAGCCGCGACGAUACUAUUAAUUUAAUACGUAUUUAUGGAGAGUACGAAUGCCUUUGGAAUUGUCGUAAGAAAACCUACAAGGAUUUAUUUUUAAAAAAGGUAGCUUGGGAAGAUAUUGCUAAUCAUUUCGGAACAGAUGUGUAUGAGAUAAAAAAGAAGCUAAAAUAUCUGCGCACAGUCUACGUUGCUGAGCGACGAAAAUUGGAGGAAUCUAAAAAAAAUUCUAUCAAUCCAUUGGAAGUUUAUCAACCAACAUUAUUUUACUAUAACGAAUUUAGCUAUUUAGAUAAUACAAUUGUGUUAAGGAAAAGACAACUCUCUGAUGAGGAAGAAACGUUGCCAAAACAAGAACCAUAUGAUGAAUUAAGUAAUGACACUAAUGAACAAUUAUAUGAGAAUGAAUCAACUUGGGAAAUGUGUACGCCUGACCAUUAUAUGGAGGAGGAAUUUCAGCAGCCCAAUACUAAAAGAAUAAAGUUAACACCUCAUGUAAAUACUAAUACCCUAAUUGCUACGAAUUGUUCUGUACAUAGUUCAAAAUAUAGUGAAAAAGAUCAAAGCUCGAAUGCCUCUUUAAGCACCGAUGAUAUGUAUUUAGCUUUUGGUAAAAGCGUUGGAUUACAAUUAAGAAAUUUAAAGACUAUCAAUGCAGUUAAAGCUAUGGCUCAAAUACAGGAAACACUAACAUCAUUCGCGGUUUCGGAAGAGUAAUGAUAGCAAUAAGUGAAGCAUGGUGAACUUCUAAAACUUGUCAAAAGCAUUAUCUAUGAAUACAUAGCAUCAUUAUUACCGAUUCGCUGGCUAUAAGUUGUUAUCGUUGUUGGUUUCAAAUGUAUACAAUUUGUAAUUAGUGAUAAAGUACAUUACCUUUACAGUUGGUUCUACGUUGCCGGAACGACUCAGAUUUAAAUCCGACCAAUGGCGGUCAAUUCAGCAGCAUUUCCCCAACAAUUUUUGGGGAUUUGUUGUUGUAGCAGCAUAAACAUUUCCCAUAUUUACAUACAGGGAAUGUUGCUGGAGUGACAGUCCUUGGCCGGAUAUAAAGCCGGGUCGUUUCGGUAACGUAGAACCGACCCUCGUGGGGAGUGGUUUAUGCCCAUAAUGAUGUUUUGGAAGUUAGCCAAGUAUUUAAAUUACAGUAAUA